AUGUCCGAUCCGUCCUCUGAGCUGUACCCCAUCCACCUCCUCAUGGACGAGCUCAAGUCCGAGGAUGUCGUCCUCCGCCUCUCCUCCAUCAGGCGCCUGUCCACCAUCGCCCUCGCCCUCGGCCCCUCGCGCACCAGAGACGAGCUCAUUCCUUUCAUCCAGUACCAGCUCGACGACGAAGACGAGGUGCUGCUCGUGCUUGCAGAGGAGCUCGGCAACUUUGUGGAAUACGUCGGCGGCAAGGAGUAUGCGUAUAUACUCCUUGGGCCUCUGGAGAACUUGACCGCGGUGGAGGAGACUCUUGUGCGAGAGAAGGCUGCCGACAGCAUCUCCAAGGUUUCAGUCUUGCUCAAUGCCCAGGACCUCGACAAGCACUUCCUUCCCGUUAUCGAGCGGCUCUCAACUGGCGAGUGGUUCACCAGCCGAACUUCUGCCUGUGCCCUCUUUGCCGCCCCCUACCCCAAUGCCACUCCCUCAACGCAACAAAAGAUGAAGCAGCUCUUUGCUGGACUCUGUUCCGACGACACUCCCAUGGUCAGGCGAGCUGCCGCCAAGGCUCUCGGGCCAUUCACAAAGGCCGCUGGUACCGUCACCGACCAGCACGCUCUCCUCGUCUCCGACUUGGUCCCCGUAUACCGCAAACUCUCCAGCGACGACCAAGACUCUGUCCGACUCCUCACCAUCCCCGACCUCAUCGCCCUCGCCUCCACCCUUACCGCCGAAGAGACCAAGACCCACCUCCUCCAAUCCAUGCGCCACAGCAUCACCGACAAGUCCUGGCGAGUCAGGUACAUGGUCGCCAACGAGUUUGUCGGCCUUGCGGAGAGUGCUGGGGAGAGCAUCAUUAGGGAGGAGCUUGUGGGCGCGUUUGUGGGGCUGUUAAAGGACAAUGAGGCCGAAGUCAGGACGGCUGCUGCUAGCCAGAUUCCCGGGUUUGCCAAGCUUGUCGACAGGGAAGUCAUCCUUGCUCGUCUCUUGCCCUGUGUACGGGACUUGGCUACCGACAGCUCUCAGCACGUCCGCGCUUCUCUUGCUGAGCAGAUUUCUGGUCUUGCUCCUCUGCUCGGGAAGGACUCUACUAUCGAAAACCUCCUCCCGUUGUUCUUGCAAUUGCUCCAGGACGAGUUUAGCGAUGUGCGAUUGAACUUGAUCGGCAAGCUUGACACUGUCAACGAGGUGAUUGGCAUUGACCGGCUCUCCCAGGCUCUUUUGCCCGCCAUCAUGAAGCUCGCCGAGGACAAGCAAUGGCGAGUCCGACAAGCCAUCAUCGAGUACAUUCCCCUCCUCGCCCAGCAGCUCGGUGUCGAAUUCUUUGACGACAAGCUCGGCGCUCUCUGCAUGUCUUGGUUGGGCGACACUGUCUUCUCUAUCCGAGAGGCUGCUACCAUCAAUUUGAAAAAGUUGACAGAUGUCUUUGGUGUCGAGUGGGCAAAGAACACGAUCAUACCAAAGGUCUUGGAGAUGGGCAACCACCAGAACUACUUGUUCAGGAUGACCACCAUCUUUGCCAUCACCACCAUGGCCCCCUCCCUCGACACCCCCAUCAUCCGCGACACCGUCCUCGACGCCGCCCUCAACCUCGCCAACGACGCCAUCCCCAACAUCCGUUUCAACGUCGCUAAGUGUCUCGAGACCUUGGCCGUUGUAUUGGCGCAGACACCGGAAGGACAAGAGUUGAUCCACAGAAAGGUGGCGCCGGCGUUGAGAAAGCUGCAGGAUGACCCGGAUGCGGAUGUGAGGUAUUUCGCGACCAAGGCUUCGGAGAGAACAACGGGGGAUGGUUCGGAACCGAUGGUGUUGUCAUAA